GCAUUUUGAAAAGCAACAGAAAGAGGAGAGAAGAGAAGGAAGAGCAAAUAAAGGAAGACCUGAGAGAAACAGGAAACUUGUGAGAUCAUUCAGGCAGUUUGUCUUGAAGUCUUGUGAAACAGGUGACCAUGGAAGCAGCAGUGCCCAUGCAGGCCCCCAUGUGUCUGGUAGAAAACAGGAAUGAAGAGCUGACAGUAAACCAGGAAGCCCUGGGGAUUCUUACUUCCAUUACCAAUCCAGUGGUGGUGGUAGCCAUUGUUGGCCUGUACCGUACUGGAAAAUCCUACCUGAUGAACAGACUGGCAGGAAAGAACAAAGGCUUCUCCCUGGGCUCCACUGUGCAGUCCCACACAAAGGGCAUCUGGAUGUGGUGUGUCCCUCACCCCAGCCUACCUGACCAUACCUUAGUUCUGCUUGACACUGAGGGCCUUGGAGAUGUGGAAAAGGAUGACUCCCAGAAUGACUCCUGGAUCUUUGCCCUGGCCAUCCUGCUCAGCAGCAUAUUUGUCUACAACAGCAUGGGCACCAUCAACCACCAGGCCUUGGAACAGAUGCAAUAUGUGACAGAGCUGACAGAGCUAAUCAAGGUCAAAUCCUCACCUGAUGCUGAGGGAGAAGAAGACUCAGCAGAAUUUGUGGGCUUCUUCCCAGACUUCGUGUGGACUGUGCGGGAUUUCACGCUGGAGCUUAAGCUGGAUGGGCACCCCAUCACCCCAGAUGAGUAUCUGGAAAAUGCCUUGAAACUCAGUAAAGGCAAGAACCCUAAGGUUCAAAUGGCCAACCUUCCAAGAGAGUGCAUCAGGAAAUUCUUUCCAAAACGGAAGUGUUUUACAUUUGACCGUCCAACAAAUGAUAAAUCACUCUUAACCCAUCUUGAAGAUGUCCAGGAAAGCCAACUGGAUCCUGCAUUCAAAGAUCAGGCAGACAACUUCUGCUCUUACAUCUUUUCCAAUGCAAAACCCAAGGCCCUUAGUGGGGGUAUCAUGGUCAAUGGGAAGAGGUUGGGAAGAUUGCUAGAAACCUAUGUGAAGAUGAUAUAUAGUGGAGACAUUCCCUGCCUGGAGAAUGCAGUGUUGACAUUGGCUCAGGCUGAGAAUUCAGCUGCUGUGCAAAAAGCUGCCAACCAUUAUGUAAAGCAGAUGGUCCUAAAGGUGGACUUGCGUAUGGACACUCUCCAGGACUUGAUAAAUAUACAUACAGACUGUGAAAAAGAAGCCAUCUCAAUUUUCAUGAAGCAUUCUUUCAAAGAUGACACACAAAAGUUCCAGAUGGAACUGGUGCAAAUCUUAGAAACCAAGAAGAAUUAUUUCAUACAACAAAAUGAGGAAGAAUCAACCAGAUAUUGUCAAGUUAAGCUUGAUUAUCUUUCACAAACAUUGAUGGAGUCCAUUUCUCAAGGCAUCUUCUCUGUGCCAGGGGGUUACAAGCUCUACAGGAAAGAAAGAGAAAAAAUAACAAACAGUUAUCAUCAAGUGUCUACGAAAGGGAUAAAGGCAGAUGAGGUCCUCCAAAAGUUUCUACAGUCACUGGCAAUGACAGAAGAAUCCAUCCUGAAGACAGAUCAAGCUCUCACUGACCAAGAGAAGACCUUGAAAGUUGAACAGGCUAAUAGGGAAGCAGCUGAGAAGGAGAAGAAGUUGUUGGAACAGCAACAGAUGGAAAUGCAGCAAAAGAUGGAAGCUCAGCAGCAAAGUUAUGAAGAAAACAUCAAGCAAUUGAAAAGGAAGAUGGAGGAAGAAAGGAUCCAGAUCCUGAGAGAACAGGAAGUGAUGCUGGACCAUAAGCUAAAGGAACAAAAGAAGCUGAUGGAGGAAGGGUUUUAUGAGAAAGCUGAAGAGAUAAAGAGACAGAUAGAGAAACUACAAAGAAACAUUAAGUCUGCUGAGAGUAAAGAGUCCUCCUGGUGGACUUCAAUUGUAGAUACUAUUAACAGUAAAUUUAGAAGCUUAUUACCUGGUAUAAGAAAAUGCUUUGGAAUAGGGACAAGGGCAUUGGGCCCAUCAAUGUCAUAAUAAAAUGGGUUUCAAUGUCUCAAAAAAGUUAUAGAAUGUAAUUGUUCAGCCUAAAAAUGGCACUGAGACUUCUUUGUAUGUGUUUGUGAAUGUGUGUGUUAUCUGCUUUUAAUUCA